AUGUCCGUCACGCUACAUACCACCAAGGGCGACAUCAAACUCGAAGUCUUCUGCGAAGCCGUCCCCAAGACGGCUGAGAACUUCCUCGCCCUCUGCGCAUCCGCCUUCUACAACUCCUCGCCUUUCCACCGCCUGAUCCCGUCCUUCAUGGUUCAGACCGGUGCCCCCGCCUCCGACCCAAAGUCCAAGACCUCCACCUCCAUCUAUGAUACGCCAAACCAGCUGUUCGAGGACGAGAUUCGGCCUGCGCUGAGACACAAUGCGAGGGGAAUCGUGAGCAUGGCGAACAAGGGCGCAAAUUCAAACGGCUCACAGUUCUUCAUCACCUUCGCGCCAGCACCGCAUUUAGACGGGAAGAACACCGUCUUUGGAAAAGUGCUAGAAGGGUGGGAGGUGCUGGAUGACAUGGAGAGCGUUCAGGUAGACAAGAAGUCAAGACCGCUCGAGAAGAUGGAGAUCAAGAGCGUCACAAUCCAUGCAAACCCGCUUGCAGGAUGA